GGCAAGGAGCGGGCGGAAGAGACUCCGGGCUGCCGCAGCCCCAGCUCUCACCUGCCGUCAGGCACUGUCUUCGUCCGGUCCCAACCAUGCCGUGGUUCUUUCUGGCCGCGCUGCUGGCUGCGCUGCUUGUGCUGCUGCUCCUGUCCCGCCGGCGAAUGAGGAAACCUGGUGAGCCCCCUCUGGAUCCAGGCCUCAUUCCCUGGCUGGGCCAUGCCUCAGAGUUUGGCAAAGAUGCAGCUCAAUUCCUCUCCAGGAUGGAGCGGAAACACGGGGACAUCUUUACUGUGCUCGUGGCAGGAAGGUUUAUCACAGUCCUCCUGGACCCUCACUCAUAUGACACAGUUGUCUGGGAGUCCAGCUCCAAGUUGGACUUCCACAAAUAUGCCAUCUUCCUCAUGGAGAAGAUUUUUGAUAUCCAGCUGACCAACUAUGAUCCUGGUUUGGAGAAAGCGAAGAUGAAACCGACCCUGCUCCACAAGAACCUGCAGGCCCUCACUGGAGCCAUGUUUAAGAACCUCUGCAAUGUCCUACUGAAGGAUGCUGAGGACAUGGGCACAGACUGGCAGGAAACAGGACUGUUCCAGUUUUCCUAUGACAUUAUGCUCAGAGCCGGCUACCUGACGCUGUAUGGCACUGAGGGUGAUGAUCCAGUGAGCCAGGCCCGAGAUCGGUCCCACUCUGCAGAGGUUUUCCAGAGUUUCCGUCAACUGGACCAGCUUCUGAUGAAACUCGCCCGUAGCUCUCUGUCAGCAGAAGAGAAGAAAGAAGCUUCCCGCAUAAAAGCCCAUCUUUGGAAGCUUCUCUCCCCUCAAAGGCUGGUGGGCAGGGCCCACCGAAGUGCCUGGCUGGACAGCUACCAGCAGUAUCUGGAGGAAUUGGGAGCUGGGGAGGAGAUGCAGGCUAGGACCAUGCUGCUCCAACUCUGGGCUACUCAGGGCAAUGCUGGUCCUGCUGUAUUCUGGCUCCUAUUAUUCCUCCUGAAGACUCCCAUUGCUCUUGCUGCUGUCCUUGGAGAGUUAGAAAGCGCCCUUCAGAAGGAAGGACAGGUGCUGACCGACAUGGCCAGUAUUCCUCAGGAAGUCCUGGAUAGCAUGCCUACUUUUGACAGUGUAUUAAGUGAGAGCCUGAGACUGACUGCCGCCCCCUUCAUCACCCGAGAGGUACUGGUGGAUCUGGUGCUGCCCCUGGCAGAUGGACGCGAGUACAGCCUCCGGCAAGGCGACCGUCUCCUUCUCUUCCCCUUCCUCAGACCUCAGAGGGACCCAGAAAUCUACGAGAACCCAGAGGAGUUCAAGUACAACCGAUUCCUGAACCCAGAUGGGAGCGAGAAACGAGAUUUCUACAAGGGUGGGAAGAGGCUCAAGAAUUACAACCUGCCUUGGGGAGCUGGGACCAACAUGUGUCUGGGCAGGAGUCAUGCCAUCAGCAGCAUAAAGCAGUUUGUUAUUAUUUUGUUGAUGCAGUUUGACCUGAAAUUGAAAAAUCCAGAGGAAAAGAUUCCCAGCUUUGAUUCCAGUAGGUAUGGGUUUGGACUGAUGCAGCCAGAGCACGAUAUCACCAUUUGCUAUAGACUCAAACCCAAAGGGACACCAGCCUCCACAGGACUCUCUUUCCCAGCACCUGGUGGAAUUACAGAAGCCUGAAAAGCUAAUGAUAAGAACAUAUUCAUCUGAACGCUCAUCUCCCUCUCCUCUCUCAUUAAAUGAAAGGUUUGGCUUUUCUCUGCCCAACUUCUUCCUUUCUUCCUCCAAGAACCUUCCUAUUUGGAAGAAAGAUUAUAUUUCUGAAGUCAUGUAAUUCAUAUUCUUUUCUAGGACAGGGCAUAGAAUGGUUCCUCUUCUGGUCCAUAAGUCUUGCUGGAUCAUAUCAACUUCCUGGGGGCCCCCUUCCUAGAACUAAUACAAAGGAUGUUGGGUUUGGCCCAAAGAGUCCUCCUUUCACUGUUUUCUGUCUACAGCUAGCAUUCCCUUCUGCAGGGGCAGAGGACAGAGUCCAGUCACCAAGGAUCAUAUCUGUAGCUCUAAGCCACACAUAUGAUGUGUAUCAUCAUUUUAAUACAGUCUGUCUGGACAUUGGAGCAAGGAUAAGUUAAUUGUGGACCUACACACAGAUGCCCAGGGAGCAUAGACCUACCACAUUACUGGAUUGCCUGCCUAUCCCAAAGAGUUGGCAGCUUAGGGCCAUAUAUAACACAAAGGGAAAUGUAGAACUUCUAGGCUCUACUUCCUUCAGCCUUCCCUGCACCAUUAAUGACUUUUAUCCCUAUCAGUACAAAACGACCAGCCAAAUGUUAGCUGAUUUGAUGGCUGUACAACAGUGCUAUUCACAGCAAUGAUUCCCUCCCAGUCCUCAACACUCACUCUGAAGCACAAGUGGAGAAUCCAUAACCCAUGUAAAGCUAUUCAUAACACUUUCCAAACUUUCCUAAUCCCUAACCCUUGCCUGAGAGGGCCUAGACCCUUCUCAAUUUUCUUGGUUUCUGAAAAGCCUUGCCUCCCUAGGUUAGAAAACAAGCACCCCACAUUCCAAGUUGCUUUUCAUAUUCUAUAGCUACCACUGUCUCUGUCUUUUUUUGGUGAGCCAGUUGGGAUUAAGUGCCUUGCCCAGGAUCACACAGCUACACUGUCUCUUGCUGUACAGUUCUGGGACCCACUCACUUGGGUGCUAGAACCUGCCUUGCUCAGUAGCUGUCCUAGCUCCCAAAAGUUUGCCUGGUGGGGCAGCUAGAUGGCGCAGUGGAUAGAGCACUGGCCCUGGAUUCAGGAGGACCUGAGUUCAAAUCCAGCCUCAGAUACUUGACAUGUACUAGCUGUGUGACCCUGAGAAAGUCACUUAACCCCAAUUGCCUCACCCCCCCCCCAAAAAAAAAGUUUGCCUGGCUGAGUUCACAGACAACAUAAUUCCCUUCCAGUCCAGGAACCAACACAACUACUUAUUAUUCUGCUGUGGAUCUACAAAGACAAUGGCAAUUUAUACCCUAGAAGCUAAAUGCCAAAUUGGGAUUAGCCCACAUGAGUAUGCUGCACCAGUUCCUUCCUCACUGUUAUGCAUGCCCCAUGCUCCAUGCUUUGGGGUGCCCUGUGUCCCUCACUUGGGCAUUGUUUUACCAAGACAAGCUAGGAAGAAUUCAGAAAGUGCCUAAUUGAGAUAAGUGACCUAAGAUCAAAUCUGGAAAAAAAUUUUAAAUGUUUUUAAAUUUAAAAAAUUUUUUAAAAAAAAGAUCCAAUCUGGUGAGUACACAUCAUCAGGAUUCUUCCAUACUCACAUAUAUUGAUACAUAGUGGAGAGGGGGAUAUUAGGACCCAGAUCUCUAAAUACUCUGCAGCGCAGGCCAGGGAUCAACUGUGACUGAUCAGUUGGUUACAUCCUGUAAUACUCUUGAAUCUACUCUUCUACUUAGUCAGUCAUUUCUUCCAUGCCACAUAGACUCACCCAAAAUGAAUAGCUACGUAAGUGCCGCUAUGUGCAGUAUGCUCACUGUCCACCCUCGCUUCCAAUAGACACACCUCCCCAAAAACCCCUAAGUAUUCAACAUAAAUGCUCUCAGCCAUGUAAACUCUUCAAGAUUAUUCUAACCCCUUUCCAGCCUUGUAUCCUUCGUCCUUUUUAAAAAGUUGAUUGUUAUUGAUAUCCUUUCUUUUUACAUUGCUUAGGUUUUCCUCUGUGUUCCUCCCCCUUCUCCAGAAACAUCCAUUAUAACAAAGAUUUUUUUUUAAAAGGAGAAAAAAUCCAACAAAACCAAUCACUAUGUUCAAAAACAAAAACAAAAACAACAAACCCUGGCAUUCCAUGCAGUGUUCCACAGCUCUGGACCCCUCCAUCUUUGCAAAGGACAGGGAGGAGAUGUUUUCUCAUGUCUCCACUUUGAGGCCACGCUCGUUCCUUGUAAUUGUGUGACAUUCAUUUGGAUUGUUGUUCUUUCCAUCACAUUAUUGUAUUUUUGUAUUUCUCAGCUAUCCUUACUUCACUUUGCAUCAGUUCAUGUAAAGUCUUUCCAUGCUUUUUUGGAUUCUGUGGUCUUUCUUUGAUCAUAUGCAGGCAACUUUCCAACUACUCCAAGACUAGCACCAAUUCUAAUCCUGAGGCUCUUGUUUAAUGCCCUUAAAUAGGCUUGUGGAAUGAUUGACAAAUUCAGACAGCUAGAAACCCCAGCAGCCUCAGGGGCACAGCUGUUCCUCCUUUGCUGGCAUCCUCAUAUUCUGACACAUUCAUCUGCCUACAAGCCCAGGGCUCACUGUCAGUCACUCAGAUCACCUCCUGAUUUCUGCUGGCCCAUUCACAUUCCUACAUCAUCAUUAAGUAAUCAUUUUUUUCCUCUUCCCAAAAAGGUGGAAGGAGAAGGGAGAAAAACUUCUGCACAAGAUAAUAUUAUACCUCUGGGGGGGGUAUAAUUCACCCUGACAUCAAAUUUACAAAUGACAGUUCCUUUCAUUACUAGGGGAAAUGAUCCCUUUAAGGUCCAGGUGUUCCUCGUAGAACUGAGGGAUGGGAGGUGAAUAGGUAACCUGACAAAUUAGAGAUAUAGCCAAGGGAUAAGAAAAAGGAAUGGGGGGCAACUAGGUGGCACAGUGGAUAGAGCACUGGCCCUGGAUUCAGGAGGACCUGAGUUCAAAUUCGACCUCAGACAAUUAACACUUGCUAGCUGUGUGACCCUGGGCAAGUCACUUAACUCCAAUUGCCUCACCAAAAAAAAAAAGAAAGAAAGAAAGAAAGAAAAAGGAAUGGAUGAAAGAGAAGUAUGUGUGUGGUUGAGAAUUACAUUAUUAUAGUAAAUAUCUUUCAUUUGCUGGCUUGGAUGUAGGGGCUAGAUGAACUAGCAUCAAUUUAUUAGAAUUUAUUAAGUGCUUACAUAUGCCAGGCACUGCUAUAUGAUAAGGGUAUACAUGUAAGCAAAAAAAGAGACAGGGUCUGCCCUCAAGGAGCUUACAUUCUAAAGGGAAUAAUCAGAAACCAGAGGUGGGAGAGGAAUGAUGGAUAGCAGCCUGGAUCCUUCCUCCAAAUAGAGGUUCUGGGAGGAACUCACCAAUGGGACAAUGGACAGAGGGAUGUUCCAGCGUUAUGAGACUGCUGAGACGUGGUGAUAAAGCUCAAAGCAGAACUGAGAGAGAAAGGCAGAAUAAAAACCAGAAGAAUGGAUGAUUCUUCCAAAUUCUUAUUUUACCUUGAACUUACAGUCAGAGAUACAAACAAAAAUACACACACGUGAAUUCUCUUACAUGGUCAACCCCAAUUCCCUCUUAGCUUAGACCUCUGGGCUAAGUAUAAUAGGUUAAGGAAGAUCCCUUGGACAUGUGAGCUAAUCUGGAGAAUAGCAGCAGGCCCCUCCUUCUCUGACGCUGCUCUCCCUGGUCCCUGAGGUCGGAGGCAGCAGCUGCGGUCAAUGACAACUUCAGGGGAGGAGGGAGGGAGCGGGCUUUCCCUCCUGGUACUGGGGAAACCUAUCUCCAUGCCUGGCUGACCAUCCUAGCCUCCAGAUCUCUGGACCAUCUGAAAUCAGGGUGGACUAGGUUGCCAUAGCAACUGUUUAGCUGUCUUCUUCCUGAGCCUGGAUUAGAAGCAAGAGAUCUGGAGAAUAAGCAAAAACAGAGAGUACUUUAUAUCUUUCUUCUAAAACUGUGUUCUGUUCUCUUUAUAUGUAUGUCCUAGGAAAAGGGCAUGGUCCCUUUCAAUGCAGAGCUGCAAGGGCAGCUACUUCUCUAGCUACAUGAGGGAAAGGCUAAGGAUGGCAGACAUUUCCUAGAGAAUGAGAAGUUUCGGGAAGAUUUAACCUCUGGGUGCCUGGGACUUGGAAGUCACAUGGGUGAGAGCUAGAAGAGUGGAAGGAUCUCACUUUAAAGCUUUAGGGAAAGGAUUCACUUUUUUUUUUUCAUCAAAGCAUUUUAGUAUUUUGCAGUUACAUGUAGAGAUAGUUUUCAACAUUUGUUUUUAUAAGAUUUC